AGUGAAUCUGGAUUUUUUUUGUUUUAAACGCGAUUUGUUUUGUUUUUUUCAGCCCCCGCCUGUGACGUCAAAGUCUGUAGUCCCGCCCCGCCACAAACCAACAAAAACAAAAUGGCGUCCUGCCCUCAGACUGGUGCGGUGUUUGGCGCCUCUCGGUCUCCAUGAUGACUUCUUGUUGUGUUUUUUAGUUUGCCUGCGGUUGUUGUCGCCGUCAGUCCGGAUUACCGGUGUCACACCGGCCGCUGCGGGGCGUUAUACUGCCUCCAGUCUGAAAACCCGCAACAGAGGGCACUUCAGUUCCUCCAGAAAAAUUUACACCGACCAAUGAGAAGCAGCGCUGUACAAAGGGGAAGAGGCGUACCGCCGGUGUGGGCCAAUCCGCGGCCCUAACACUGACGGCAGGAGGAAGUCCUGCCCCCGCCUCCCGUCGAACCGGAGCGCGCCUGGAAAAGAACCCUGCGAACCCGUCCGUGCUCCGCCGUACCCCUCUGCGGCUCCAGCAGCAGAAACAUGGAUACAGAGCUGUUUAUGGAGUGUGAGGAGGAGGAGCUGGAGCCAUGGCAACAGGUGGAUGACAGCGUGGAGGAAGACGAGAUGGAGUUCACUGACAACUAUGGCGAGCCAGUGGAAGAUUCUCCAUCUCCUCUUCCAGCCUCUGAGACUCCGCCCCCCAAGACUCCAUCCACCACAUCUGCUCCAACAGCUUCACCUCCUGUACAGAUCGUCUCCUCCUCAGUGAUGCCUCGUCCUCUCCCUCCCUCCAUCACCUCCUCCUCCUCCUCUGUCCCGACCCUUCCAACAGCCUCCACGCCUGCCGUCUCAGCCCCACACCUGAUGGCUCAGGCCCCGCCCCUCAUCCUGACACAGACGGCAGGUGGGACGUUUCUCCUCCCAGCAGCCCCCGGGACAGGCAACGCCCAACCCAUCCUCCUCACCACCCAGGGUUUUCCAGUGCAGACGGUGAUGAACCCCGGUACUCCCCUGCUGCUGAACCUGCAGCCGGGUCAGACGGUCCGGCCGCUAACCCUGAUCCAGUCCUCGUCAUUGGGUCAGUUGGUACGGCCUAGUGUGGGCAUGUCGCCUAUCCUCCCCCAGGGCCAGGCUGUCCAGACAAGAACAGGCCCCGCCCCCUCGGGAGGCCCCGUCCAGCCUGGCUCCGCCUUCACCGCCAUGCAGCUACCCGCCACACUGACCAUCCGCACAAGCACACCCGGACCAGUUAACCUCCAGAUGACCCAGGUGGGUGGGACCAACUCCCUGAAGCUGGCAGGUUCUCCUGCCCUUCCCUCCGGCUCAGCCAAUGGAGUCACCAGAGUUACUACGUUCAGCAGCAUUACGACUCCUGGUCCCACCCCCUCUGUUGUUACGACCCCCAGCGUGACCUCAGCAUCAUCUUCCAACCCCCCCAGAGUGGUGAUGAGUGUGGAGGAGUUCUACUAUGGGACGUUUGAAGGCGACCUGAGUCUGAGGAAGCCACAACCGCUGGGAAUCAAAACCUCCACCUUCACCUGCCAGAUCUGCACACAUCUUGCCGAGAACAACCUGAGGUUGAUGCAGCACAUGCUCCAGCACUCAGAGCUGAUUGGAGGAGGAGGUGGUGACGAGAGGAAGUGCUGCAGGUUCUGUUACCGACAGUUCUCAUCUCCAGCUCAGCUGCAGACCCACCAGGAGCAGGUGCACGGCCCCGCCCUCUCCUCCAGUAUGUGUCGUAUAUGUGAGUGGGCAUUUGAGAAUGAGCCGGCCUUCUUGAACCACAUGAAGUCCAACCACAAACCAGGAGAGAUGCCCUACAUCUGCCAGGUGUGUUCGUAUCGCUCGUCCUUCUACUCGGACGUCCUGAAGCACUUUGCCAGCUUCCACAGAGACUCUCGCUUCCUGCUUUGUGUUUUCUGUCUGAAGGUGACCAGAAACCCCACCGGCUACCAGCAGCACCUCCUGAGACACCAGAUCAACCAGGCCUUCCACUGUAACAGGUGUCGUCUUCAGUUCGUCUUCCUGAAGGACAAAAUGCAACACAAACUGGAAAACCACCGCAGCUUCCGUCGACCCGCUCAGCUGGAAGGACUGCCACCAGGGUCAAAGGUGACCAUCAGGACCUAUGGGAAGCUCAAGCCUCCAAUGACAUCAGCAGGUGGGCGGCUCCUCCAGACCCACUCGUCCCUUGUCCAGCCAAUCCACAUCAAGACAGAGCUGCAGAAGUCUCCGAGCCACAGAAACCCUAUGCUCUCCAAAUCCCCCCGAUCCAACACCAAGAGACCUGUCAGCCGCCGAGUCCACGUCAACAGGGCUUCAUCGUGCGACGGAGACAGGUUGGUGUGUUUGGAGUGCGGAACCGAAGCCUCCGACUUCUCCGCUCACUACCCGACCCACGUCCACUGUCUGCUGUGUCCAUACAGCAGCUGCUGCUCCAGAGCCUACGCUGCUCACAUGAUACACCACCACGUGCCGCGCUCCAAAGACAAGGUUCUCCCUCUGCACAGACUGCCUCCUCCAUGUGUGUUCCUGCUGCAGUGCUCUCAGUGUGACUUCAGGCCUCAGACUGCUGAUGAGAUGGCCGGUCACCUGCUGACGAACCCGGGGCACCGCAGCGCCACCUGUCGCACCAGGACCUACAUUGAACCUGACAUUCAGUUCUGCCACGAUGAAGAGCAUCGUUUCUCAGAAGACAAGGAACCAAGCCAGAACAAGGACUUGCCUGAUCCCUCCUGGAGAUCAGCAGAUUGCUGGAGACAGCCGGUGGAGAGUGAAAGCACCCAGUCCACCAUUGUCCCUUUCCUGCAGAGCAGCGGGCCUCGGCACUACCUGUCAAAGAACAGCGACGCGAUCGACUUCUUCAACCUGCUCUUCCCUUCAGCGCUGGUGGAGCUGAUCACCACUGAGACCAAUGCCCACGCCAAGACCUGCCAGUUCCUGGGCUCCUGCCACCCAGACUGGGUCCCUGUCACCACUCAUGAGAUCAAGGGUUUCAUUGGCCUGGUCAUUCUGAUGGGGAUCCAGAACCUGCCUGACCCAUCUCACUACUGGUCCUGGAGUCACUACGACAACAGCUACACCUUCUACCGAGCAAUGAGCUUCAAACGCUUCAAGCAGAUUGCUGCCAACAUCCGCAUGGGGAGUUUCGCCACAGACGAGUAUCGUGGCACCAACGACCCCAGCGACUCGCUGCACAUCUUCAGGCCGAUGCUGGACAUCCUGGGUGGAGCAAUGUGGGACGCUUACCAGCCGAACUGCUGUCUGACCAUUGACAGGGCGCUGCUGCCCAGCCUGGAGGAGGAGAGCUGCCACACUAAAGGGAACCCAAAGACCCAGCCUCAGGUGUGGCUGCUCUGUGACUCCAAGUCAGGCUACUGCCACCGCUUCUUUAUCCAGGUGGGGGAGAAGAGGGGCCAGGAGCCGGGCUUCACCGUGGUGCCACAGCUGAUGAAGGGUCUGGAAGACAAACACCACCAGCUCUACCUGGCCAGCUCACUUACUUCUGUCCCGCUCAUGCAGAAGCUUCUGGACCAGGGCAUCUAUGCCUCCAGCUCCUUCCCUCCACCCAACCCCAUCCUGCCCAGAGAGCUGUGGGAGGAGGGCUGGCUGGAGAAACCCGGGGACUUCCUGCAGAGGCAUUUUGGACCUUUGCUGGCCACCCGUUGGAGGGACACCAAGGAGAUGGGCUGCCUGUCGACUAAUGCAGCUCCGGGUGAACCGGACUCUGUUUGGAGGAGGUCUCAGACCAAAGUUGGUAGCUUGGACCCCAUUGACCGCCCCAUGGCCUUCCGCCUCCUACAGGAGAACAUGCGAGGGGUUGACAUCUGCAAGCAGCUGCUGGCCUGCAACCCGCUUGGAGGAAUCCCUCAGGACCGACACUGGCGCAGCCUCUUCUGGUUUCUGGUCAACCUGAGUAUCGUUAACGCUUUCAUCGUUCUGCGGGAGAGUCGCAAAGAGAGCCCACCUGCCUGGGUGCAAGACGGCCUUUUUACUCAAGUCAACUUCCGCAAGCGUUUGGGUAACCAGCUAGCCAAGUGUGCCCAGAAAUACUUUGAGACCAUGGAGAUCGCCAGCUCCCGCGGGAUGAGGGUGGAGGUGGCAGACGAACCAGUUAAACUAAGACACAGGAUGACAAAGAUCAGUGCAGUCUCCAAAAGGUGCAAGAACUGCAACAUGAAGAACAUGCGCCAUGAGAGCGUGUACGGCUGCGUCACCUGUAAAGCCAACCUGUGUAAACAGCCGAGCUGCUUCUGGGAGUAUCACGGCCUGUCAUCCCUUAACAAAGGAUCAACAAAAGUUGGAUUUCUCAAGGACAGAAUGAGUGGAUCAGUGGAGGUUGACGAGGUUGAGGACAACAUGGACGAGGCCAUGGCUCCCGUUGAGGACAUGGACUUUUCUGACGAUGAGAGAGUAGAUGAUCUGGAUGACAUUGAUGAAGAAACCGAAGAUAUUAAGGAAGAAUUUAUCAAAGAAGUAAAACAUCCAGUGCCUCAUCUGCCAUCAACAACAAACAGCCAUGCCCAAUCAGCGACCGUGUUGUCUGCCUCCAAAGAGCGUGAUGAUUUCCUCACCGCCCGUCAGCUGAGGAUCGCCCUGUUCGCUCUGUGCGACGGACUCCGCCAAGCCUCAAGGGUCUUUUCAACUGACACCCAGCUCAUCCGGACGUGGCUGAAGGAGGCCAAGAAGCGUUUGAAGCAAACGGAACAGGAACAGAAAGUCCAUGCUGACGGUGGGGAUCGCAUGGUGGCCUGGGUGCUGUCCAUGCGUGAACAGCAGCUUCCGAUCACAGAAAGCAACCUCUUCCACAAAGCCUCCACACUGAAGAAGAAAGGAGGUUUCAGCGACUCCUUCCGCAUCUCCUACGACUGGGCGGUAAGCUUCAUGCUGCAGUACCGGCUGGGCGUAAGGAGCAUCGGCAAUGCAGCCACACUGACUCGCACCCUGCCAGCUUCCCUGGAGGCCAAAGUCAAGUCUUUCAGGGAGUUUACCCAAAAGAUCAUACAGGUUCACAAGCUUUCAGAUAGCACUGUCGCUGCAAUGGACGAGUUGUGUCUCUUUGUGGAUUUAAGGUUAGUCCAGGACAAGUCUCGCUGCUCAGAGGCCCUGGAACUCACGGGGUCUUUACCUCUGGUCACCGUGUACCUGACAGCGCUGGCAAAUGGUACCAUGUUGCCGUCUCUGGUGCUGGCGAACAGGCAGCUGGCUGAAAAAGUCCUGCCAGAGUUCGUCCUGGUGGAGGCCGGCCCAGAGAGUCUCUUAGUAGAAGAAGCCUUGGAUCUCUGGACUAACAAGGUCUGGCUACAGCACGUGUCCGGUCUAACUCUGCCCAGUAAAUCAAUGCUGAUCUCGGACCGACACCGGGAACACAUGGGAGAUCAGUUCCUUACUUCCAUCAGUGGGUCAGGUACCCUCCCAGCAGUGAUUCCUGGAGGUUGCUGCUUCUGUCUUCAGCCUCUGGAGGUUUGUGUGAAGCCGGUUCUGCAGCGCUUCAUGCUGUCGCGCUGGGCAAAGUUCACGGCAGGAAACCCGAAAGAGCUGGAGGAGACGUCACCCCACCGGCUCCAAGCAAAUGUUGCCCAGCUGCUGGUUGACUGGGUGGUUGAGGCCCUGACGCACUUGAACAGGCUGCCCCAGGUUUGGCAGAAGUCAUUUAGGCUGACGGGUCUUCUUCUGAAAGAGGAGGGGGAGAAAGGGGAGGAUGAAGCGGCAACAACAAGUCAGACACCAGAGGAGAUCCAGUUGGACCUCCUUAAGACCCUGACGGAGAUCCUGCUGGGUGCUGAAGCUCUGGAAGCCAGUUCUCCUGAUCUGCUGGAGCUGGAAGACGAAGAGGACACCAAGGAGGAACAAGAAGGAGGGCAAGGAAAAGAGACAUCAGAGGGGAAACAGAAGGACAAAGACGAGACAAAGAAGGAGGUGACAGAGGAAAGAAAGGAGAGAGGAGAUAAAGGGAAGAAAACAGAGGAGGAAGGAAGGCAAGAGGACAUGGGGAAGGACCUAAAAGAUGAGGUUAAGAUGAUAGAGGAGGACAGCGAGGAGGAAGGAAAGGAGACAGAGGAUGACAGAAAGGAGAUGAACAAGGAGAGACGAGAGACCAGGAUCGUGAUAGGAGAGGAAGUCGGGGAUGAGUGGAAGAUAAAAAGCCGCACAGAGGGUGUAGAGGCUGACGGAGAGGAGGAUGGCAGGAUGGACAAGAGCUGAACAGACGAUGUAGACAAGGAUAAAGGUCUGUAAACACCUGACCAAGUCGUCCCCGAAAAGGUGUCUGAAGGGACUUUUGGGUUAACUGCCAGGCUUUAUCUCAUCUGACAUUCGCUGAAGCUCGAAAACCGAACUUUUGGUGGUUGGGGUGUAGACAUGGGGUGGGGUUAAGGUGGGACAACAAGCAGCAACCAGCCCAGCUGAGUGCGAAAGGCUACGACAUCUGUCAAUCAAAGGAAACCCGCCUAUUAACGUACCUUUCUUCAUCUGGACUUAAAGCUCUGGUCUGCUACAGGUGUGCUGUUGAGUUGUGCCCCAAUAUCCCAGGUUUGUGUUUGAAUUAAGAUCGGAUAAGCUCAGCUACAGGAUCCAGUCCAGGUGGAAGGUGGACAUGAUAAUGUAGAUAUGACAAUGGACCACAAUCCUGGACGUAGGUCAAACAGAGAAAGACUGACAGUAGAAGAAGCCCAGUCAAUCUGCUGAGAGCUGAACCUGUGUCAGAACUGUCCUGACUUUGUAGAGAGACGUUGGAGGUGUUUCUCGUUCAACACAGCAGCAUCUAGUGGACGGUAGACGAAAUGCAGUUUUAUGCACCGGAGCUGUGGUGGUUGUUGCUUGUCUGGGACAUUAGUCAUGUGCUACAGUGAAGAAGCCAGCGGGCAAGAGGUUGUUGUUGGCUUGGGUUGACUUCACAGACAGAGGCAGGAACACACCACAUGACGUAAAGUCAGAUUGUAAUCCUGAUUGGGUCACUGGCUGUCGGAAACAGCGGAGUCACCACGUGUCUGGUUUUGUUUGGACGUUUUGGGAUUAAAAUACCGGCCUUAA